AUGGCGACGCGCGAGGAGUGGAGCAUGUCCGACUUCGAGAUCGGCAAGUACAUUGGCGAGGGCAAGUUCGGCAAGGUGUACCUCGCCCGCGAGAAGCAGAGCGGGUACGUGGUGGCGCUGAAGGUGAUAUUCAAGGUGAAGCUGGAGAAGUACCGCUUCCACGCGCACCUGCGGAGGGAGAUCGAGAUCCAGCGCGACCUCGACCACCCCAACGUGCUCCGCCUCUUCGCCUGGUUCCACGACGAAGAGAAAGUCGUCCUCGUCCUCGAGUACGCGGCCCGUGGCGAGCUCUACAAGGUCCUUCGCGCCGCUGGCCGCUUCGACGAGCGCACGGCCGCCACAGUAAGAACCCCCCUCCCCGUUUCCCUUUUGGUUCACUGUUAUUUCCCGGUUGUGUCUACGGUUGGACUGCCGUUCCUCCUACUAUUGUUGACCUAA